AUCAGACAGCGUGUUGGAGAGCAGCUGACAGAACCGAGGCUGCUGCUGUCACUGACAUGGAGACUCUGGAACCAGCUCUGUUCCGCCUGGAACAAGGCUUCGAGCUGCAGUUCCGUCUCGGCCCCUCCCUUCAGGGUAAGAGCGUCCAGGUGUACACCAACUACCCCCCCAAAGACCAGGAGUUUGACCGUCUGCAGUUCCGUCCUUUGGACUGGGUCUAUCCCAACAGCCAGGAGGAUGACUGUGACAAAUACUGCAGACUGGACUUGAGGGUGGCUGGGUCCUACCAGUAUUACUUCUCCUGUGGGGACACAGAGAGAGUAGGGGGGGGUUACAUCGUCGUUGAUCCAGUGCUGAGAGUGGGGGCCAACAAUGACAUCCUCCCCCUGGACUGCAUCAGCUGCCAAACAUACGUGGCCCAUGGUGUCGGACCCCUGGACUCAUGGCUCGACAGGGUCAGGGUGGCAAAGGAGACCGGCUACAACAUGAUCCACUUCACCCCGCUGCAGAAGCUCGGCUCAUCUGGAUCCUGCUACUCCAUAUCUGAUCAGCUGGAGUUAAACCCCGCCUUCUCACCUGGUGGGAAGUCAUACACCUGGAGAGACGUUGGUGAUCUGGUGGAGAUGCUGAGGAGAGACUGGAACAUGGUCUGCAUCACUGAUGUCAUCUACAACUACACAGCUGUUGACAGUGAGUGGAUUCACCUCCAUCCUGAAUGUGGCUAUAACCUGGUGAACUCUCCUCACCUGAAGCCAGCGUGGCUCCUGGACAGAGCUCUGUGGCACCUCAGCUGUGAGGUGGCUGAUGGGAAAUAUACUGAACAGGGAGUCCCAGCACUGAUUGAACAUGAGCAGCACAUACAUGCUCUGUGCUGUGUACUGUGGCAGCAGGUCUUCUCCAGGCUCAGGCUUUGGGAGUUUCUGCAGGUCAGUGUGGAUGCAGCUGUGGAGCAGUUCAGACAGCUGCUGGAGGCAGGUAGUUUAGGUGACAGGUCCAGGUCCAGGUCCAGGUCCAGUCCAGAGUGUAAGAAGCAGCUGAAGGUGGUGCAGGACCCUGAGCAUCGACGCUUUGGAAACACAGUGGACAUGAACUCUGCCCUGGACAUAUUCACACCUGACAGCACCAGUCUGAGUCUUUCAGUCAUCCAGGACUGCUGCAGCUGUUUCAGGAGGAGACUGGAGGAGCUGAACUUUGACCUUUACAAAGAGAUGAAACAACAUGCAGAGCAGGCGACCAACUGCAUUGUGGGAGGUGUGGUUUCUGAGCGUCUUGCUGAUGAGGGACCUAAACUGGGUCCAAUCACAAGGAGACACCCUCUCUGUCCCAGGUAUUUCACCUUUCCUUUUGAGGACAUGAGCUUUGAUAAAGAAGUGCAGCUGAUGGAGCAGAGAGAGAAGGCGUGUCACUUCCUGGCUCAUGACGGCUCUGUGACAGGAAGUGAUCUGCAGAGGAACGCAGCUGAACCAGACUCUGAGGUCUACCUGCGGAGAGAACUGGUCUGUGAGGAGAACACUGUCAAACUUCGUUAUGGAGACAAACCAGAGGACUGUCCUUACCUGUGGACUCGUAUGAAGACGUACACAGAGACUAUAGCUGAGGCCUUCUCUGGUGUUUGUCUGCUCAACUGCCCCUCCACCCCCCUGCAUGUGACUGAGGUGAUGCUUGCAGCAGCCAGAGCCAUCAGGCCUAACCUCUACGUGAUAGCUGAUCUCUGGACCGGCAGCCAAAACACUGACCAUGUCUUUGUAAACCGCCUGGGAAUCACCAGUGUGCUGAAAGAUGCUGCAGGUGCUGCAGACAGUCAGGAGGGAGGACACUGGCUGUCCUGGUUUAGGGGGGAGCCUGUGGGGGCCUUUGUCCAGCCCAGCCUUCGGCCCCUGGUCCCAGCUGUGGCUCACACUAUGUUCAUGGACAUCAGCCCCAACAAUCACAGUCCCAUCCAGUUGGUGAAUGUGGAUUUGAACACAGUCUCAGCCUUUGACCUGUUGUUCCAGAGGAGUUCACUUUCCGACUUCCUGCCCAGCUCCGCUCUGGUGUCCAUGGCCUGCUGUGCUACAGGAAGCAGCAGAAGAUACGACGAGCUGCUCCCUCAUCAGGUCUCUCAGGACCAUCAGUACACCAGCUGGAGCUCAGAGGACCAGGUCAGUCUGCAGACCUGGAUCAUGGCUGCCAAGCUGUCCCUGAACAGGCUGCACCAGGAUCUGGCUGCUGAGGGCUUCACACAGGUGUAUGUGGAGCACCUGGGAGGGGGCGUGGCCACAGUGACCAGACACUGUCCCAGUACCCAUGAGUCAGUGGUUGCUGUGCUACGAAGACCGGUCAAGAAGCCAGAGAGAUUCCAUUACGCAGAUGACGUUCCACUUGUCCUCAUCCCAGGUGUGAUUAAAGAAGUGGUGCUGGAGGCCCGGACCGCUGUGAACAACACUACAGAUGACAGCAGCCUGCCAGUCUGCACUGUGGAGAUCAGAGAACACAUCCAGGUGAAGGACAGUCAGCUGGUGAAGAAGACCGACGUGGUGUCCAGACACAACACAGAUGUUCAGGAGUUAAUGUUGGAGAAGUUCACUCCAGGCAGCAUCAUCAUCUUCAGAGUGACUCUGGAGCCCAGGUCCCAGGAGCAGCUGGGGGCCCUGAGACGCCACCUGAUCCAGUUCAGUCCUCAGUACCAGACCGGCAGCCUGGCUGAACACAGCACUCCCCCCAUCCUCACCCAGCCGCUGAUGACCAUCAUGUCCAGACUGACCCUGAUUGACAUGAACAUGCUGCUGUACCGCUGUGAUGCUGAGGAGGGGGAGGAGGGGGGAGGGUGCUACAACGUCCCCUCAUGGCUACGUCUCAACUACGGAGGCUUACAAGGGCUGAUGUCAGUGAUGGCUGAUAUCCGACCCCACAACGAUCUGGGACAUCCUUUCUGUGACAACCUGAGACAGGGGGACUGGAUGAUGGACUACGUCUCCAACAGAUUGUUGUCCAAGGGUGGAGCAGUGGAAGAGGUAGGCCGCUGGUUGCAGGCCAUGUUCGUCUACCUGAGACACCUCCCCCGCCACCUUGUUCCCUGCUACUUUGACGCGAUCGUCCAGGGUGUCUACACCACGGCUCUGGAGGCUGCAUUCAAACUCAUGUCCAGCUUUGUGCAGAAUGGUUCCACCCUGGUCAAACAGCUGGCUCUGGGCUCAGUGCAGAUGUGCGGUGUGUAUCACAGCUGGGCUCUGCCCCCACCCUCUCCUCACCUGAGGAAGGUCACAUGUCCUGAUGACUUCACUGAACAGGAGGAGCUGGGUUGUGUGUCGCUGGCAGCAGGUCUUCCUCACUUCUGUUCGGGGAUGUUUCGUUGUUGGGGUCGUGACACCUUCAUCUCCCUCAGAGGACUGAUGUUACUGACCGGCAGACACCUGGAGGCUCGGAACAUCAUCCUGGCGUUUGCUGGAAUGCUGCGUCACGGCCUGAUCCCCAACCUGCUGGGUCAAGGAGGCGCGGCCCGCUACAACAGCAGGGACGCAGUGUGGUGGUGGCUGCAGUCCAUCCAGGAGUUCUGCUCUCUGGUCCCUGAUGGAGUGUCCAUCCUCCAGUGUCCCGUCUCCAGGACGAACCCCGACUGUGUGUCAGAGCCUCCGCCUGCUGCAGCAUCGGAUCAGCUGCUGUACGAUGUGAUCCAGGAGGCCAUGCAGAGACACAUGGAGGGGAUCCGGUUCAGAGAGAGUGGAGCUGGUCCUCAGUUAGACCCCAACAUGGCUGAGGAAGGAUUCACUGUGGAGGCUGGAGUGGACCAGACCACCGGCUUCAUCUAUGGAGGAAAUCCUCUCAACUGUGGAACGUGGAUGGACAAGAUGGGAGAGAGUGAGAGGGCGCACAACAAGGGAGUCCCUGCUACUCCCAGGGAUGGCUCUGCUGUGGAGAUAGUGGGUCUGUGUAAGUCUGCUGUUCGGUGGCUGGUGCAGCUCCACACCAGCGGACACUUCCCCUACACAUCAGUCAACAUCUGUAGAGCAGGACAGACGCUCUCUGUGUCAUACGUGGACUGGGACUGUAAGAUCCAGGAAAACUUUGAGAAGAAGUUCUACAUUUCUCAUGAUCCCCAGGACGCUGAGGAGAAACACUCAGACCUGGUCCACAAGAGAGGGAUCUACAAGGACAGUGUUGGAGCCUCCAGCCCCUGGUGUGACUUACAGCUGCGGCCCAACUUCCCCAUCGCCAUGGUGGUGGCUCCUGAGCUGUUCACUGUGGACAGAGCCUGGGGGGCCCUGGGUGUAGCUGAGAAAAAGCUGCUGGGGCCCCUGGGGAUGAAGACCUUGGACCCUGAUGACAUGGUGUACUGUGGAGUAUACGACAACAACUUGGAUAGUGACAACUUCAACCAGGCGAAGGGCUUCAGCUACCAUCAGGGUCCAGAGUGGCUGUGGCCCGUCAGCUACUUCCUGCGCGCCAAACUUUACUUUGCCAAGAAAAUGGGGAAGGAGACAGUCGAGAAAACUGUUACCAUGAUGAAACACGUCCUAUCUCGUCAUGCUGUUCACCUGGAGAGGUCUCCAUGGAAGGGUCUCCCUGGACUGACCAAUGAGAGUGGUCGGCACUGUCCCUUCAGCUGUGAGAGCCAAGCCUCGUCCAUUGGAACCAUGCUGGAGGUCCUGUAUGACCUUUGACCUUUGCUGCAAACACAUCAACAAUGACGUUGACCUGCCACACACACACACACACACACACACACACACACACACACACACACACACACACACACACACAAAGCGUGAUAAAAAGCUCACUAUCAAUAAAUCAUGAGAUGUGUUAUUUC